CCACAAUCAAAACAACACAUUUGCCCAUUAUAUCAAUACGUCAUAUUCCAAAAAAUAAAACACUUGAAGAUCCUCUUAAAAAUGGAGGAUAUUCAUCCAGUGUGGUGCAUUCUGGGCUCGGGUGGUCACACAGCUGAAAUGUGCAUCAUUCUGCAGGGACUGCUGCGACAAACCAAAGAUAUUAGCAAGUACAAACCAAUGAAAUUUUUGGUAGCCAAUACAGACCAAACAUCCAAAGACAAAGUUCAGCUAACCAUGAGUGAGCUGGAGCAGCCGGCAACAGAGGAUGACUUUAUUUAUAUACCAAGAGCGAGAGAAGUUGGCCAGAGUUGGUUUACCACAGUUUUCUCCUUCCUCUACGCCUUGUUGUGGAGUUUUUGGUUGGUGUUCAAGGAGAAGCCCCGUCUCAUACUGUGUAAUGGACCGGGCACAUGUGUACCCUUUUGCUUGGCAGGUUUCGUGCAGAAUUUGGCACGUCGAUCGAAAACCAAACUCGUGUAUGUAGAGAGUUUUUGUCGGGUGAACGAUAUUUCAAUGUCCGGCAGGAUAUUGCUACCCUAUCUGGAUGUCAUGAUUGUUCAGUGGGAACCUCUAACGAAAAUAGAAUAUUUGGGUUGUAAGAAAAUUAAAUAUUUUGGCAAUAUUUUGUAAGCAAACACACACACACACACGCAACACGUACGAGACAAACAACAAAGAUUUAUUUUGUAAGGUUAACAAAUAAAAAUAUAAAAAUUCCGUUUUAA